AACUAAUUUGUCUUGGAAUUCCAGGACUGCACUACAUUACCAAACAAAAGUAAACGAGACAAGCAAGCCACAACACCCUCGAAAACAACAACUACAACAAGAGGAAGAAGCAAAACUUGUAGAGAGAGAAGGUUAGAGAGAGAGUGAGUGAUUGAGCCUUAGAACUCUGUGUUUCCUUUUUCUUUUACCCUUUUGAAUCUUUGUAUAAACUGAGUGAUGAACAACUGAGAAAGGGGAGAAAUAAACUAAACAGCUGAGCCUUGCUUGACAAGAACAAGAAGAAGACAUGGGUAUUUUACAUGAGGAUGUGGUCAUGAUCAGGAGAUCAGAGAAAGAAGGAGAACCAAUUGAGAUUACUAUAAACUGCCCUGAUAAAACUGGUUUGGGUUGUGAUCUGUGUCGUAUCAUUCUCUUCUUUGGUCUUAGCAUUGUCAAAGGAGAUGUGUCCACGGAUGGGAAAUGGUGCUACAUAGUGUUCUGGGUGAUUGGGAAUUCAGAGACAAGAUGGAGCUUGUUGAAGAGGAGAUUAGUGGAGGCUUGUCCUUCUUGUUCUUCAGCUUCUGGGAUUUCCUUUUACUGCUCAGAAUUACUGCCACCUAAGCCUCCUGAUGUGUUUCUUCUCACGAUAUGUUGUCAUGAUCGAAAAGGACUUUUACAUGAUGUGACGAGGGUUCUUUCUGACCUUGAGCUGACUAUUAAGAAAGUGAAGGUAUCGACAACCCCAGAUGGAAGAGUGGUGGAUAUGUUUUUCAUCACAGACACCAGGGAGCAUCUACACACCAGUGAAAGGAGGAAUGAGACUCGCAAAUACUUAGAAACUGUUUUGGGGGAUGCAAUGAUAGAUUGUGAAAUAGAAAAGGUCGGUUCUGAAUUUGCUGCGAGUUCACAAGCACCUUCGUUUCUUCCCUCUGCAGUCACAGAAGAUACAUUUCUAUUGGAAAUGCCCACUCAACUUCCAAGCGGAUCACUCAUCUCCAGUAGUGUUUCGAUUGUGUUUGACAACUCGUUGAGUCCAGCUCACACACUAGUUCAAAUUAUAUGCCAAGAUCAUAAGGGUCUCCUCUAUGACAUAAUGAGGACUCUUAAGGAUUAUAACAUUCAGAUUUCCUAUGGACGAUUUACUAUAAAGCAAAAGAGGCAUUGUGAGAUUGACCUGUUUAUUGUGCAAGCGGAUGGAAAGAAGAUAGUUGACCCAAGUAAGCAGAAAUCUUUGACAUCUCGAUUGGAACUGGAACUACGCCGUCCUCUCAAAGUAGAUAUUGUCAGCCGAGGUCCUGAUUCUGAGCUGCUGGUUACAAACCCUGUGGAGUUAUCUGGCAAGGGCCGGCCUCUAGUUUUUUUUGACAUUACCCUUGCUCUUAAAAUGCUUAACACAGGCAUCUUUUCGGCAGAAAUUCGGAGACAUAUAAUUGGGGGUCGGGAAUGGGAGGUUUACAGAGUCUUGCUUGAUGAAGGAGACAUCUUCAGUGUUCCAAGAAGUAAGAUCCAGGAAGGUGUAUGGAAUAUGUUGAUGGGCUGGGAAUGAUACCAGUUGCAAAUAUGAGCUCUUGUACAGCAUAGUUAUCCCUGCUACCUUAGUAUUUAGAGUUUAGAUGUAAAUUAUGAAUAUAUACACAUUUAAAGGUUAUGUGCCAUUAAAAGGCAGAGCCGUUUCUCAUACUAACUGUUGGUAGUAUAAAAUGAGAAAAAUCAGCAAGACGAUAGAGAAGGGAGAGUGGAGUUUUCAUGUAAUUGGAUGCUAAAAAUAUUGUAAACAUGUAAAUAUUUUUACUGUUUUUAGUUA